CAAUGAGAUCACAGCGAGGCAUUUCUUAAGAGCAGGAGUCUGAAGUUUAUGUAAGACUCAGAAUGUAGAUAUUGAGCAAUCAAUCAUUGAUGCUUUUUCCUGGGCAGUCCUUUUGAUUUAAACCACAGAGGGACACGACACCUCUGCAAUCGCAGAGCCGGAUAACGGAAUCGAAGUCCUUUAGUUAGACGGACUCACUCCGCCGAAGUGCUGCGUUCCAGCAUGGCACUGCGUAAAACUAAUCAGUUCAGCACGAAAUCGUUCUUACUUUGCGCUGCACUAGUGUUCUGCGGACAAGUGGCUACAGGAUAUAGGAGCCCCUUAAAUGAUUUUCAGCGUUCUGAGGGUCGUGAGCUGGUGCCUAAGUCAUGGAACAUGGACCGCAUGCAGCUACUGCCAGGGCUGACCCUGGAGGAGUGCGCUAAGCGCUGCUCGCAGUCCCUGGAAUGCAGAGCUUUUAAUUACGAAACGCGCCCGUCCGUCACAUGCAAGCACCUGCCGUGGGUGAGGGACGAGAACAAUGCAGAGGUGAAGAGGAACGUUAACUGUGAUCUGUACGAGAAGAAAGACUAUGUGCGGCGCUGCAUUGUGGAAGACGGCAAAAGCUAUCGGGGUAAAGUGUCCCAGACGGAGAGUGGGCGCACCUGCCAGCAGUGGUGGUCCAAGUUCCCCCAUGACCACAGAUGGACUCCUUCAUCCACAAAUGGUCUGGAGUUGAACUACUGCCGUAACCCAGAUGGAGAUCGCAUCGGGCCCUGGUGCUACACCACAGACCCUGAGCGGCGCUAUGAGACCUGCAACAUCCCUCGCUGUGAAGAUGAGGUCUGUAUAACGUGUAAUGGAGAGGACUACAGGGGCCAGGUGGACCACACAGAGACAGGCCUGGAAUGCCAACGCUGGGACCAGCAGUAUCCCCAUCAGCACAUCUACCAGCCAGAGAAAUACCCAGACAAGAGUUUGGAUGACAACUACUGCCGAAACCCUGACGCCUCCCCGGUCCCCUGGUGCUACACUACAGACCCCAAUGUGGAGCGACAGAACUGCAAGAUCAGCAAAUGCGCAAAGGCUCCACAGAAGCGGUCUCGCUCCAGCUACACCACAAACUGUUUUCGCGGCCGCGGAGAGGAUUACCGUGGUAAAAUCAAUGAGACGACCUCUGGCAUCCCCUGCCAGCACUGGGAUAAGCAGGAACCUCAUCAGCACCCCUUCUUCCCACAGACCUAUGAGUGCAAGGGUCUGGAGGAGAAUUAUUGCCGGAACCCCGACGGGUCAGAAGCUCCGUGGUGCUUCACGUCCGUCCCGGAAAUGAGGACCGCACUGUGCCUGCAGAUCAAGCGCUGUGCUGAUGACAUUGAGGCCGAAGAUUGCUAUCAUGAAAAUGGUAAAAACUACCGUGGUACAGUUCGCAAGACCCGCAAGGGAAUCAUCUGCCAGAAAUGGAGCGUCAACACACCUCACAAAACCAAGAUAAACCCCACGACCUACCCCAAUGCCAACCUAACAGAAAACUACUGCCGCAAUCCUGAUGCCGACCAGCAUGGGCCCUGGUGCUACACCACUGACCCCAAGACGGAGUUUGACUAUUGUGCCAUUAAACAGUGUGCUGGGGAAAAGAUCUCCAUCAUUGAAACUGAUGAGAAGCCAGUGUUUAACGAGUGUGGGAAGAGAGAAGAUCGUCUGAGCAGCUCCAGGCUCCGUAUCGUGGGAGGAGCUCCAGGAAACUCCCCCUGGACCGUCAGUCUCAGAGACCGGAAAGGAAAUCAUUUCUGCGGGGGUUCACUGGUUACUGUCAAGUGGGUGAUCAGCACCAAACAGUGUUUCUCUUCCUGUUAUGUGGACCUGACUGGGUACACAGCCAUGAUGGGCACCCUCUACAGAAACCCACGGCCUGGGGAACCCGACCGCCAGACCAUCGCGCUCAAUAAAAUCGUCUGCGGACCCUCCGAGUCCCACUUGGUCAUGCUGCAGCUGGAGACCCCUGCGGUGCUCAAUGAGCGUGUGUCUCAGAUCUGCCUGCCACCAGAGCGUUACAUUGUCCCUGAGGGCACCACUUGCGAGAUAGCCGGCUGGGGCGAGACUAAAGGAACCGGAGAUGAGACAGUGCUAAACAUUGCCCAAAUGCCUGUCCUCAGCAACAAGGAGUGUAACAAGUACUUCCGGGGUCGUGUGAAGGAGAACGAGAUGUGCACCUCCUCUUUCCAAGGUGGAGUUGGUGCCUGUGAGAGGGAUUAUGGGGGACCGUUGGCCUGUCAGAACAGUGACUGCUGGGUGCUGGAGGGCGUCAUCAUUCCCAUGCGCCGCUGUGGUCACCCAGGGCAGCCAAACAUCUUCAUCCGUGUGUCUGUCUACGUGGACUGGAUCAAGAAAGUUAUGGAGCUGGCCUAGCCACACAAACGUGACCUGCUCUACUGUAGUGAUCCCAUUAGCUAGACUCUUCCCUCCUUCUAACCCCUUUGUCACCCCCAUUCUCCCAUCAACCUUACAUCAUCAAGCCCAGUGCCUCUCAGUGACGGUGUCUGUUACCUGGCGAUGACAUCUUGGCUCUGAUGUGUUUACUGAAAUAAAUGUCCCUCUGCUUAUGCUGUUCUCACGUGCUGUGUGUGUAUGUGUGUGUGUGUGUAUUUGGUUGUGUGUGCUUCUGUCUCUGUCUGACCUUCCUUUGGGCAGUGCAUGUGUGUGUAUAUCUUCUUAUGGCCUUGAUUUGGGUGAUGCAUGUGUGUGACUCAGUCCGGCAGUAAUGCACUUUGUCCCUAAUGUGAGUGAUGAAUUGGAUGUUUUUGUGUGAGUGUGUGAGCACUUGUGUUUGUUUAGGUAUGUGUGCUUGUGUUGGGCUGUUGCCGGUGUCUCACUGAGUUCAGCGUCUGGCCAAUAAUACAUGUGGAUUUUGUCACUUGUGUCUCUGAAGGUGUACAACAGGGUGCAGAUAUUAUAAUCAGUAAACACAGAAGUGUAUGUAACACUAAAAUCUAAUGCUUGAUGCUUGGUACAAUUUGUUUGUGUUUAUAAUAAAAUGUGGACAGACAGACCUACCUGUAAAGACUGUUUUUGCUGAAUAAAAGAAAAUGGAUUCUGGGUUGAAGCAGUUUUGCCUUUCUC